AUGGCUUUCUUAUUUGGUACACCAAUUCAAAUUGAUAUUCUAUUAGACAAUGACCAUGAAAAACAAAAAGUUACUAAAAUAGUUAAUAAACAAAAAACAGAAAUUCCUAUUUAUAUGAAGAAUGAAGAUAUUAAAGGAAAAGUUGUUAUUACAUUAAAAGAUAAAAAGUAUGAACAUCAAGGAAUUAAAAUUGAUUUUAUUGGGUCAAUAGAAUAUUCAUAUGACCGAAGUUCUACAUCGAAUUUUAUUCAACAAACAGUUGAAUUAAGUAGACCAAAUAUUAUAUUAGAAGAAAAAACAAUGUAUCCAUUUAGUUUUAAUGGAAUUGAUAAAAAAUAUGAUUCAUAUUCAGGAAAGAAUGUAAGACUAAGAUAUUAUUUAAGAGUGUCAGUUAAUAAAAAGUAUUCAUCUGGACUUUCUAAAGAACAAGAAAUUUGGGUUAUUAAUUAUCAAGAUGAACCUACUAAAAAUGAUCCAAUUUUAAUGGAUGUAGGUGUAGAAAAAUGUGUAAGUAUUGAAUUUAAAUAUGCUAAAUCAUAUUAUAAUUUAACUGAUGUUGUAUUAGGUCAAGUUUACUUUAAGGUUGUAAGACUCCCUUUGGCUAGUAUGGAACUUCAAAUCCAAAGAAAAGAAACAACUGGAUUUCCACCAAAUCAAACCGUUGAUACUGAAGUUCUUUCUCGUUAUGAACUUAUGGAUGGUGCACCAGUUAAAGGAGAAUCAAUGCCAAUUAGAGUGUUUUUAGCUAAUUUAGAUUUAACUCCAACAUAUCAUAAUGUUAAUAAUAUGUUUAGCGUCACUUAUCAUUUACAUUUAGUAUUAAUUGAAGAAGAUGGAAAACGUUAUUUCAAACAAUGUGAAUUUAAAUUAUGGAGAAAACAACCUCAACCAAUUAAAACCUCACCUGAUGCUCCUAUUAGUGUUAAUACUGAUUGUUUAGCUGGUUCUCAAGAAACUCCUUAUAAAGGAUCUGACAUUAAUAAACCUUUACCAGAAGUUCAACCUCAACAAUCAGAAGAACCAAAAGAAGAAAUUAAAGAACCU